GUCUUAAGCUUCCUCUGCAUUCAUUGAUACUCUCCAAAAGGCCACUAAAGAGAGAAGAAAGAAAUAACACCACAGGGAAAAGAGAAAAGAUGAAAAUUUUCCCUCAAGAAACGGUUUGAUUCUUCAUAUACUCUUGCAUUUAUAAGAGCCAUCAUCACUCGUCCUUGUCACUAUAACUUUUUGUAGUGUGUUUGUCUUUGUAUGAGAGAGAGAGAGUGCUGGUCUGAAGUGAAAGAGGCUUUCAGCAGAAGGUGAAGACUAAUCAAUCCACCAUGAGAAAGAAAAUCUGGAUACUCCAUAGCCUUAUAGUGAUGGAAUGCUAUCUGGCUUUUACACUAGUAGCAAUGGUGCAAGAGAAGGCAGAUACAGCCAUCCCAGUCACAACUCUGUCACCUCCAGAAGGAAACACAACGUUCCUUGAUGGCACAACUUGGUGUGUUGCCCAGGCCGGUGUGUCUCAAGUUGAUUUGCAGAAUGCAUUGGACUGGGCAUGUGGACUAGGUAUGACAGAUUGUCGUCCAAUUCAAUCCGGUGGCCAUUGCUUUGAACCCGACACGCUUGUGUCCCAUGCCUCGUUUGCUUUUAACAGCUAUUACCAGCAGAAUGGGAAUUCUGAUAUUGCUUGCAAUUUUGGAGGAACCGCAACUUUAACUAAAAAUAACCCAAGUUAUGGCAAAUGUGACUAUUCCACAUCGGGGUCUGUAGGAUCUUCAGCACCUCCAUUGUCGAAGAAUAAACCGAGUUUUAUUUGGUGGAAGUUCGCUGUGAUUCUACUGCUUUUGUACUUGAAAAGUUGAUCUAUGGUGGUUUUUAUCCCUUUUGCUAAUUGUGCAAAUGGUCUCAAACCUGUACUUUCUGGGAUUUGUUUAAUGCAAGUUUAAGGAAGAAAGAGGAAGGAAUCAAGUUUGUGUGUUCAAACUUGAAGGUCACAGAUGUUCUUAGUUUAGCUUUUUGUAAAUGUGAUUUUCUAAGAUAUUCCUUUCUUGAUUGCUGGUUUAAGAAUCUGUGGCAAUGCAAUCUCUUUUCCCUUGUUUAUGCCUUG